UUUUGACUUCAAAUCUUGACUCAGGAACCUCAUGACUGUUUUCUUUUUGAUUUGAUCGCUUUAAAAUUAAGUAUAUAAAGGUUGAACAGGUUAAGUAUUAUAUGCUUUUACGGGCAAUAGUUAACUCUCUCGACUGGGGUAAGACAUGUCAAUUCGAGUUUCAUGCUUUUUGGACUUUAACUUUGAAUGAAUAUUGCAGACAUAAGUAACUAUUGUUCUAUUUUUAGAGCUGAUAACAAUUCACCUAAGAUCAGAUUUAUUUUGUAAUUAAAAACAAUCCGUAAUAUUUUACUUUAUAGAAUUUAAUUCCAAUCAGAACCGAAAGGUCCGAAACUAUGAGUUUGUUCCAUCUAGACCCAUAUUGCCCAAAUAUAUAAAACAUCCAAGCCCCAACACAACCAUACCUUAAUGGAAACAACUUUUUAGUGGUUUUAAUUCAAAUAUUUAAUAGGACUGGGAUAUUUUCCAUGCUAAUUAUGUUAUGUUAACUUGUUUUUGGUAUGCGAUCCCAAUUUGGUUGUUAUAAUCCGAAACCUAAGUUAUUGCGAAAAGAUUGAUAAUCAAUCCGUACCGUACGGUAGCAAUUUUUUGUUGAUCAACAAUUAUUCGACAAGAUUGGAACAAUUUACCUUAUCUACUAAUAUUCUGUUCAUAUUUAAGGAAUUACAAAAUAUGCAUUUAUAAUUUGUAAUCAUAGCAGCAAUCAGAAACAAAUCAUUUGGUACUAUUAAGGAAACAUAUUAACCAAGAAACAAAUCAAUUUGUACGAUUAAAGAAACCAUUAAAUUUCAACCAAAAAUUGGUACAAGAAUCAAGCCACUGAUGUAGAUUUCUUAAUAGUAUAUAAUACGAUGAUACUAUCAUUCUCUCAUUCUUAAAAACAAAAGGCAACUUAAGAACAAGAAAAAAGAAAUGGUGUCCAUUAUCAGCGGUUUUAAGUUAAUUUUGUUCAUAGCUGCCGUCGCUAGUAUUAUUUCAGCCGCCACUUCAGCCACUCUCGCCGGAAGAAAGGUCUUCGAUGUUCGAAGCUAUGGUGCUCGUGGUGACGGCAAAACAGACAAUGCAAUUGCGUUUACAAAGGCGUGGAAAGAAGCGUGUCAAUGGAAAGGAUACCCUAGAGUGUACGUACCAUUUGGAACUUUCUACCUCGGUGCCGUAACCUUCACGGGACCAUGUAAAAGUCGGAUUAGUUUCAUCAUCAAAGGAACUUUGUUAGCUCCAAAAGAUCCUAACGCCAUCAAACAAGACACCUGGAUCAUUUUCAGGUAUGUUGACUAUCUCACGGUCUCAGGCGGCGGUAUUCUUGACGGACAAGGAAGCUACUCUUGGCCACUCAACAAUUGCCACAAAACCCUUUAUUGCCGGGCUCUACCUAUGAACAUGGGGUUCCAAUUCGUGAGAUUCUCGAGACUCAGCCGCAUCAAAUCGAUCAAUAGCAAAAUGGGUCACUUCAACUUCUUCGCAGUCCAAUACUUCGACAUCACACGCGUCAGGAUUAUGGCUCCCGGAGAUAGCCCUAACACUGACGGAAUCAAGAUAGGUUCAUCAAACCACAUGAAGAUCCACCACGUUGACAUAGGAACCGGCGACGACUGCAUCGCGAUCUUGUCAGGAACCACCAAUUUGGAUAUCUACAAUGUGAAGUGUGGACCGGGCCAUGGAAUCAGCGUUGGAAGUCUUGGGAAGUUUAAAGGUGAGAAGAGCGUUCAGGGAUUAACUGUUAGGGAUUCAAUCUUUAACGGUACGAGUAAUGGAGUACGAAUCAAGACAUGGGCUUCGCCAGGUUCACCGAACUUAGUUUCCAAUUUCCUUUACAAGAAUCUCCAAAUGAUUAAUGUCGAAAACCCAAUCAACAUAGAUCAACGAUACUGUCCAAAUCCACCGUGCAGCUUAAAGUCUUUUUCACAGAUUCAGAUAAAAGACGUGAAGUUCAAUAACAUUUGGGGAACGUCGACGAACAAAGUUGCCGUGAAGUUGCAAUGUAGCAAGAAUGUUCCUUGCAAAAACGUUGAGCUCUUCAACGUUAACUUAGUGCACCGUGGACGCGACGGUCCAGCCAUCUCUUUGUGUGAGAAUGUUGCCGGUUGGACACGUGGCAAGAUUUCUCCUCCGUCUUGCAUCCGUUGAUCCACGUUUUGAGUUUUGAUUAUAUCAUCCUUAUUAGUUCAUUGUAGCUUUUAUAAUUUUGUAAUUCUUGGCAUCUCUUAUCACUCGUUUAGUUUUGUCAUGUUUGAGCAAUUCUAAAGGGAAGUGAAGAUUUGAAAAAGAAAUAAAAGAUCUGAUGAAUUUUUUUGUUUUAAGUCAUAUUGGUUUAUUCAUUUGAUUUUGAUCAUUCACUUUGUUUGUUUGGGCCAAGAGUCCAAGACAUAAAAUAUUAACUUUU